AUCGAAGAGCACACAAUGAAAGAUACAAAUGAUUUGAAACGCAAGAAUGGAAGCCUGGUGAAUGGAAAGGGAGGUCGAAACAACCAUGGCUUUGAAAUGGAGGAGGGUGUCACGGUUGAUACGAGCGACGGCACAGAGCAAACGGAGCAGUCGAAAAAGGGAGUGGAGUCGUAUCUGAGACAAAUAGCCAAGCCGAUAAAUGCUGCUGAGGAUUACGUGAGAAAUCACUCCAAAAUCUUCAAGUAUACAUUGCUGGGCAUACUCGGAGCAGGUUAUUUGGCCUACUUCAUUACGGCCUGCGUUUUGGAUUUCCAGCGGGCCAUCGCCUUGGUGGUCAUCACCUCUUUGGCUGUUGUGUCCAAGUCGUAUGACCUUGUGAAGAAGUACAAGGGCGAGAGCAUCAGUCAGUGUUUUAAACCUGGAGUGCGAUGCUUCAAAUCCAAUUUAAGAUGGCUGAAAUGGGUCUUCAUCGUCAUCGCUGUGAUCCUGCUGGUGCUGUGGCUCGUGCUCGACACCAGCCAGCGUCCCGAGCAGCUUAUUUCCUUCGGAGGUGUGUGCAUGUUCCUCCUGCUCACGUUCCUGUGCUCGGCUCACAGGACAGCGGUGUCUUGGCGGCCGGUGUUUUGGGGCCUGGGGUUGCAGUUCUGCAUCGGACUUUUUGUCAUCAGAAGCGAACCUGGACUCGCAGCUUUCCAAUGGCUCGGUCGACAAGUGCAGAUUUUCCUGGACUACACCAAAGCCGGUUCAUCGUUUGUUUUCGGAGAUUUAACCGACGGGAUCUUUGCUUUCCAAGCGAUGCCGAUCGUUGUUUUCUUCAGCAGCGUGAUGUCCGUGCUUUACUAUCUGGGUUUAAUGCAGUGGCUCAUCCUGAAGAUCUCAUGGGUAAUGCAGAUAACGAUGGGAACCUCUCCCACAGAAACCUUGAGUGUAGCCGGCAAUAUAUUUAUUGGCCAGACAGAGGCACCGCUGCUGAUUCGUCCCUAUUUAAAGGACAUGACCAAAUCUGAAAUUCACGCCGUUAUGACUGGUGGAUUUGCCACAAUUGCAGGCAGCGUCAUGGGAGCCUUCAUCUCAUUCGGGAUCGAUGCGUCCUCCUUGAUAUCAGCCUCGGUCAUGGCUGCUCCCUGCGCGCUGGCUUUCUCCAAGCUGUCCUUCCCGGAGACGGAAGAAACCGCCUUCAAGUCGGAGGAGACGGUCAAAGUGGCUUGCGGAGAGGAGCGUAACAUUCUGGAGGCAGCCAGCAGCGGAGCGUCGGCUUCCAUCGGUUUGGUCGCCAACAUCGUGGCCAACCUCAUCGCCUUCCUCGCCAUCCUCGCUUUCAUUAACGAAGCUCUGAGCUGGAUGGGAGGCAUGGUGGGAUACCCCGAGGUCACCUUUCAGUUAAUGUGCUCGUACGUUUUCAUGCCCCUGGCCUUUAUGAUGGGAGUGCCGUUCGAGGAGAGUUUUAUCGUGGCCGAGCUGAUCGGCAUUAAGUUUUUCCUCAACGAAUUUGUGGCCUAUGAGAAAUUAUCCAAGCUGAAGACCAACAGAAUCAACGGACUGGAUGCGGUCAUCGGCGGGGAAAGGCAGUGGAUUUCGGUCCGAUCGGAAAUAAUCUCCACCUACGCUCUGUGUGGUUUUGCCAAUUUUAGUUCCCUUGGCAUUAUGAUUGGUGGCCUCGCCUCUAUAUGCCCAUCUAGAAGAGCUGAUGUCUCGGCUCUGGUGUUGCGAUCCUUAAUCACGGCCACGUGCGUCUCGCUCGUCAACGCUUGCGUCGCGGGGAUUCUGUUCGUUCCUCAGUUGGACUGUGUGGAGUUGUUCAGAGAAUCUGUUUUCAACGCCACAGAUGUGAACGUGCAGACUUGCUGCAUGGACCUAUUUGGAAGUGCUGUCAACAACGGGAGCAUCUCAUUCGAGGGUUCGUGGAGCACGGUGAAAAACGCCACGGUGUAUUUGGCCAAUUGUUGCCAGUGCUGCGGUGUGUCUCAGGAGGCGCUUUGUUUGUAAACGAAGACCUUUUAUAUCCUUUUGUAGCCACGUUUGUACAAAUGUAAAGACUGUUGGGAAAAGCAGAAACUAUUUUCUUAAGUUGACCUUCUGGAAUUCAAUAUGAGAGUUUAGGUAACAUGAUUGGCGUCUUUUUAGCCAAUUAAAAAUCUUUCUGUAUUGGCGCAUGUUUAGGAGGGAAAGUGGAUGGGAAUCAUUUCAAAAAGAAUGUUUGGCAUAAACAUUAGAAAUCAAGAUAUUGAUUUAGAAGUGUAUUGCAUACUGGAAUAUGUUUUAAAACAGGUGUAUAGUAUUCACUGUCAUGUAUUAUAUUGUAAAUGAAUUAAGAAGUUGAAUUUGAUAGAUUGUUGAAUGUUUAAAAAAAA